AUGAGCAACAGUGGCAUUAACCGUCAAACAACUGCGGUGGCCGAAGACACCAGUUCCCAACCCAUCCCUGACAACAGUGUCGGUGGCGGCGAAGGAUGGGGCGACAGGCUAUGGCUUGGUGGCAAAGAAGAAGGGUUAGGUCACAAAGUGGCUAUUAAUCCCCGAUCAACGAUGGGGGACUUUCUUGCUUUGCAAGAUCAGAAGACGCGUGGGCAAAACAAGUUCAUUCAGCGUGAGAACUUGGUUGAUUCUAACGUUCAACCCAUGAACGCUGAGGGAGAGCCAACUUGCGCGACUGAAGAUCAUAGUUUUAUGACCCGGAAGGCCGGUGACCCAGAUACUUAUCCUGGAUGGAGUACAUUUAAGACCUUUUUUGGCAUAUGA